GUCAAUAUUGUUUCUUUUCAAUCACAUCGUAUUUAUGCGCCGGAAAAAUUUUUAUGAAUGCACCCAUUUGAAUUAAAUUCAAGAAAUGUAGAAAACAUCGUUAUUAUUUAUACAGACGAAAUUAAUCAACUUAUAACUAAAGAAGAAGACAGCCUAUAAUUGAUUUUAUACGAAAGUAAAAAGGCUGCUACAUCAAUUCUGACAAACGUUGUGCGGAAACUUGCUGGAACCAUGAAAGAAGUGCUCGCUGCGAAAAUAAUAAUAAAUCGAAAGGUGGCACAGAAAAUUUGGCUUUCUCUUUAAACACUGCGCCAUAUCGACGCAUCAGUUCUUCAACUAAUUGAUUGAUUUCGAUUACACACACAUACACACACAUAUAUAUAUACAUACAUAUAUAUAUAUAAUAUUGUAUAUAAAUCUUAUUACGGACUUUGAAAUCUGGUUUCUACGAGCUGUUAUUUCCUCACCAUGGCAGACGAAAAGGAUCGAAAUUUCCGCGUGUAUUUCUAUAAUAAAUUUGGCAUGUCCGCUGCAGUGGAAUCGAAGAAGUACAUCGAGUCUUUUCUCAAGGAAGAACGUGUCGACAUAGAGAAAUUAAAACUGUUCGUGUUGAAAUUUCCUUUACCCUCAGUCUAUAGACUCGAUGUUUGGAAAGUUCUACUCGGUGUGUGGCCAGCAGAGCGAUCCCUUCAUAAAUAUGCUCAAGAUGCUCGAAGACAAACCUACACAAAUCUCUUCGAUGCUUUGAGGGUAAUGGAAAGGGUAGAUGAUUCAACUCCAUUACCUGAAGUAUACCUGAAAAUGCAUUUGUUGAAUGAAAACCUUUUGCCUUUGGAAGACAAAAACCUGAUGAUUCCUUUGCAAAAUAGAACAUUCUGCUCCAUGUCCUCUGCUGUGAUUAAUUUAACUAAUGAUCCAAUUGAUCAAUUUUGGAUAACUGCACAGUUCUAUCGACAUGUCCAAAAAUGCACAGACCAAUUAGAAUUGCUGCCUGAUGCAGUCUUAUAUUACCUGAAACUUGAAGAGGCCAAUCCUAAGUUGUGUGAAUUAUUACAAGAACAGAGUAUUGCUAUUCCAUUAUCAGAAUGGUUCCAGUCUUGUUUUGCUGGAGUUUUACCGGAGUCUUCAUUUGAACGGAUAUGGGAUAAAGUGAUUGGUGGUCGAUGUAUGGUCCUUGUCUAUGUUGCUGUUUCUAUCUUCAUCAUAUUCCAACAGCCUUUAUUAAAUAUGAAAAAUUCUCAAGAAGCCUCAGAAUAUUUCAAAAAGAUCUCGGUCAACAGUGGUGAUGUGUUGGUAAACAAAGCAUUGAGUCUGUUUCAAAAAUACAGUACUUGAACUCAUCGAACUUGACAAACAAAAUGUUGUGCAAUUGACAGAAAAGCUCCUCGCCUACCUACUGCUGCAUUUUUGCUGAAAUUUCUAGAGAGAAAAUAAAUCUUGAAA